ACACUGAGUGAGUGCGUGCUGGAAGCGGAGCGCUGUAGGAGGGAAGACGGACGCGAGCCACGCAUCCGCAUCACAGAGGAGGAGGGUGGCGAGGUGGCAUCGCCCGCAGGAAUCCAGUUGUAAAGUCCACACACGAGGCAAAAAUGCACUGAGGGGGAUAAACUGUGUGGAGCUCGGUCGUUCACCAAAGAUUACCUUACGGCACUGAGACAUCUGAAGGAGAAAAAUAUAAUAAAUAAACGCUCCGGACAAGUUGUGAUUUCAGAGGAAAUCCGACUGGAGAUGAAUACCAACGAUGCCAAGGAGUAUCUUGCGCGGCGGGAGAUACCUCAACUAUUUGAGAGCCUGCUGACAGGUUUGAUGUACUACCGGCCCGACGACCCCAUCGACUACUUGGAGGGCUGUCUGAAGAAAGCCAGGGAGCUUGGUGGACCAGACAAGGUGCGGUGGGAUACCUUCGUGGGCCAGGAGAAGAAGUCCCUUCCCCCUCUCAACGGUGGCCAAUCACGCAGGUCCCUCUUCAGAAAUGUGUUGCCCGACAGUCCCAAUUUUCCCUACAGACGGUAUGACCGGCUCCCUCCCAUCAGCCAGUUUUCCAUCGAGAGCGACUCGGACCUGUCGGAGACGGCGGAGCUCAUAGAGGAGUACGAGGUGUUUGAUCCCUCCAGACCGCGGCCCAAAGUCAUCCUCGUCAUUGGUGGCCCUGGCAGCGGCAAAGGAACACAGUGCUUGAAGAUUGCAGAGCGCUACGGCUUCCAGUACGUGUCUGUGGGCGAGCUGCUGAGGAAGAAGAUGAUCCACAACGCCACCAGCAACAGAAAGUGGAGCCUGAUUGCUAAAAUCAUCACCAACGGAGAGCUGGCACCACAGGAGACAACAAUAACUGAGAUCAAGCAGAAGAUCAUGAAGAUCCCAGAGGCUAGUGGUAUUGUCAUAGAUGGCUUCCCUCGAGACGUCGGACAAGCCCUGUCCUUUGAAGACCAGAUCUGCACUCCUGACCUGGUGGUGUUCCUGGCCUGCACCAACCACCGUUUGAAGGAAAGGCUGCAGAAACGAGCCGAGCAGCAGGGACGACCGGACGACAACCCCAAGGCCAUCGACCGCCGCCUGACCAACUUCAAACAAAACACCAUUCCUCUGGUCAAAUAUUUCCAGGAGAGGGGCCUUAUUGUUACGUUGGAUGCUGACCGAGACGAGGAGGAGGUCUUCUGUGACAUCAGCAUGACUUUGGACAACAAGCUGUUUCCCUCCAAAGAGCCUGCAGCCGGUCCCAGUGAGCUGGACCUCAGUCUACUGGGUGAACCCAGCAGCCUCGCAGAUGUUGCUUGCAAGUACGAUGAGGUUGAAGAGGAGGAAGAAAUCGGGUAUGCUGAAGGAACCACGGAAAGUUAUUGUACAGAACAGAAGAAACCAAAGGUCAUCUUCAUGAUGGGUGGUCCUGGCUCAGGGAAAUCUCUGCAGUGUGAGCGGAUGGAGGAGAGGUUCGGCCUGCGACGCGUCACCCCGGGUGACCUGCUGUGUGCCGAGCUGCAGUCUAACAGCGUCAGAGGGCGUCACCUGCGGGACGUCCUGGAGAGAGGAGAGCAGCUGCCCGAGGACACACUGCUGGAGCUGCUGUGUGAUGCCGUGGCGUUGUCGGUACGGCAGGGGAAAGGUCUUGUGAUCAGCGGCUUCCCCAGAGACCUGAGACGGGCAGAGGAGUACGAGGCCAAGGUGGGGGAACCCAGCGCUGUGUUUCUGCUGAGCUGCUCAGCAGACACCAUGUCCGGCCGCCUGCAGUGCCGUGGCAGAUCCGCCACCACCUCAGACAGAGACGGUGUCCUGCACAGGAGGGCUGAGAGCUUCUGCAGCGACAGCCAGGCAGUGGCAUCUCAUUACGAAGGCAAGAGGCUUCUGCACACGAUCGACGCUGAGAGGUCGCCAGAAGAAGUGUUCGCCCAGAUCUGCCAGGCGAUGGAGACCUUCUGAUUUCUACAAUCUCCUCCACACUGACCUCCCCCCCCCCCGCCCAGCCCCCCUCGACCUCACCCCAACUGGUCCACCUGUGAAGACCUUCUCUCUCUCUCUCUCUCUCUCCCUCCCUCCCUCUCCCCGCUGUAUCACUCCAAGGAGACUCACCCACCUACCCUCACACCUGCACCAGACAUAUGCUCAUUGAACUCCAGUGGUAUGCAUGUCCCCAAACACUCCCAGCAAUCAGUGAAACCUCUUUUCUGCUUUUGACACUGAUGAAGCGCCUGGUUGUCACAUUCUGCUUCACCUUACUUGCAUUGUCUCUCUCUUACAUUGACCUCAAUAUAUGCUGCCAACUGCCGGACCGAGGCAAAUAACUGUACUGAGAAAAUAGCAUUCGCUGCUGUGAGUGAGAGCAUGUUUCUAGCUGAAUGUGAAAUCUCUCUGCCAUCCCCCGCCCCCCUCCCAACCCCCACCCCCGAGGAGCUGAGAGAGGGUUCCCGCCACGCUAGAAAGUGGAAAUGUCAGUGUGUGGUCAUGCUCUCAUGCACAGCAUCAUGUUUUAUAUUGUAACAAGCAUGCAAGAAUUACAAUCAAGCUUAACUGCCUUUUGUGCAUUAAAUAAAAAGCAGAAAAGAAUUAAGAGUAUCAAAGAAUAUCGCAUUUGUAUGUUUCCAAGCUCAUCGUGCAGGUGCUUGUUUGAGUCUGGUAUUUAACAUUCAAUAAAGCCAGUGCAUUUGCUAAAUGGA